GAACCGAGUCCCCUUGAUCCAAAAGAUCCCCGCACAAUGCCAGAAGAUAAAGCUCGCAAUCGACUUGAAUCAGAUUUGUUGGAUGCCAUGAUGUGUAUCGAGGAUUUGAAGCAGGCUUUGGAACUCCGCAUGGCUCGGGAUCCUCGAGAGGCUGAGGAAAGGCGCUAUCUUAUACGACAAAAUAAAAAACUACUUAAUCAGCUAUACGAAUCGGCCAAGAAGAUUGAGAGAUUGGAAUUGACCAAAGUGGAGAUGAAAGAACAGUUGGAAUUGCUGGAUUUUCAAAUACUGGAGGUCGAAAAUCAGAAAGCCAUGAUGGAGGAAGAGUUACGCAAGCUACCCUCGUGUAACCACUCUGAGACGCAGACCGAAGACAGUGAGGACUCAGUUUCUCAUCUGGUACAGCACCUGAAAGAGCAGUUGACUGAGCUGCAGUCGGAACUGUGCAGUCAAAAAGCGGAAACAGCUGCUGCCUUGGCAAAGCAACACCACCUAGAUAAUCUAGUGCGAGAAUUAAGACGGGACAAUGUUGACCUGAGAGAUCAAUUGUCGAAACUGGACGAUGCAGAGAAUUCUCUGGCUGAGAGUGACAAACCUUUGGCCACUGGAGUCCGAGCACUACAGUCCCAAUUAGACACACAACUCGAACGAGUGCGUGAACUGGAAUCCAAGCUGAAAGCAUCGCGUGACUACUCAGAAGAACUGGAGACACGUUUACAAACAAUGGAUUUAUUCAAAAAGUCUCACGGCGCGGCUGAUAUUCAACCAACUACAGAUAACACACAGGUGAGCCAAGCGGCUGAAACUCCUAGUACACAGGCACUGUCACAAAACACUUGUAUGCCUGUUAUUUCUCAGCUUGUUUUACAAACAUUUCGCCCCGCUACCUGCCUUGUCUCACUCAACGGAAUGGGUGCUUUGGAUUUACAGGCCGCGAUGCACGACGCUAUGACGGGUUCCGGUCAUGCAGCCGGGUUACGUGUUCCUCGUGUAGACGACUUGCUUUUGCAAGAAACAAUAAGGACAUUUCACGCAUUACUUGCAGAACGGGACCAAGAAAUGGUCCAACUGAAGCGGUACAUACGGGCUAAUGUAGACACGGAUGACUCGUCUUCGCUGGUCUUGCCGGAUUUGUGUGAAGCUGCCAUCCAAACGGAUUUGUAUCUGGGUCAGGCGGAACGAUUAUCCCAAGUGGCAGACACUCUGGUUACAGGAGGGUUUGUACUAACUGCUGAACAGGUAUCAGCACUGAAAGAAGAGAUCAACCGCUGCUUAGCCGUCAUGACACAAUGCAAAUCGGAAGGCUCAUCCAAACAACCUCAGCCCCAAAUCGCAGAUGUUUUAAGUUUUGGUGAUUUGAUCAGUGCUGUCGUCCAGAUGGGUCAACUCGCAGAAGACGUCCGUCUUCAAAUGACUCUCUCACGGUCUUCAGAACAGCAGAUCUUAACAACCGACCUAAGGGUCACCCCCAUAGGCGAAUCUGAGCUGUGUGCAGUAACAUCCGUCGACCAAACUGACAAACAACCACUUCUACCUGCUACCGAACGACUCAUAGGUGAAGAGGACCAUAGUUCACUGGAUAUCAUAUCUCAUAUAAUUCGCAAACUAAAAGGGGAGGACAAUCAGCAAUGCCAUGUAAAGAUUGAACAACCACCCGUUCAGGUUGGCGAUGAACCAAAACUUUCCCGUGUACCCAUUCAUGAGAUCCGUCCAGUAACUCUGACGGUUGAAGAGAGAGCAACCAGUAGAGAUCAAGAAACCCCACCGCUUUUUGAGACAAAAUUGUGCACAAAUAAGGAGCAAUCACCCACACAUGGUCAAUCUCAGCCAGUUGGUCGUCAUACUGUUCUGGAGAAAAGUAUUUUCCCUAUAACCAAGACAACAGCACAGAGUACUGGUGUACUUCGCCGUGCGGAAGAGCCAGACCACGAACAUCACUCAUCACCUGUCACGAGUCCAUCAGAUGAAGAGGACGAGUACGAGGCAGGUUUUCAGUUCCACGUGGGCCCUAUGCAAAACGUAGCACACCUUGCUAACAAACAAGCGCGUGAACUAAUUCGAGAUGUGGAUUUUAUCCAGCAGAGAUAUCCUCCAAAGCAUGAAGACUUGACCGAGGAUAUCAGUGAAGUAAUUAGCUUUUGCGACUGGAAGCCUGUUAGUCGCAAACCACUUCAAGUGGCACAAAGUAACUAUCAGACUGGUGAUGAUGACUCGCCUUCUGAAGCCGGCACUGCUCACAAACUUCAGCCAACGACGCAGCCAAAAUCUAGAACGUUUGACUUUGCUUCACUGUUUGGUUUUGGUGCCACUACUACGAAAAAGAUGGAUGUUGUUGGAGCUGAUAGUAGACUCACCGAAUUUGCUGGUAAAAUAUCAGCCCACAAACCCGUACAACUACCCGACAUACCUGACUGGACAAGUUUUGGCACUCUCUCCUUCGAACUUGUGUGUACAAUUCACCAAGAAGCAAUAAUAUUUGUGCAUCUAUUUGAAUCCAGUUGCUUCUCUUCUCAUUGUUCAACUGGCCAACAAAACAAACCUCAACAAAACGACUGCUUUGGCAUUUCCGCUACGAUUCAUAGGCUUAAAAUGAAUGCAGAUGCACUAGCGAUGCAAACAUUAGAGGAAUUGCAGAGGCCUUUAAAAAAGGAUUCAACUGACGACAAAUUACUGAUGACACAAAGUAGCGCUGAAUCUUUUCAGGCUUUUUUAUUGAACAAUAUCGAUUAUUGGCUUAAAUAUGAUCCCCCAACACCCAAGUCUGGUCGCCGUAACACUUUGCUUGAAAAAUCUGCGAUGGCCAAGCAGAGGUGGCUUGAAACAGCUCUGCUUGGUUUGUCCCUGCUGCGUAUAUCAAGCAUCCCAUCGACUACUUUAUCUACCGAAGAAUGUCUUAUUAUUCCGAUGAUAAGUUCUGAAACUCCAGCACAGUUACCCGACGUCAGAUCCUCUAUGGGUUGCAGAUGGAAAGGAAAGCCAUAUAACACGCUUUCAAGAAGUCUUCUUACUAACCUAGUUUACUCCAGUAAAAUAACGACGAACUGGAUCAUUAGUGCGACCGACCUCUUCUAUCUGCCUUCGAAGCAUCUUACACUUAUUGCCUUACGGCUUUUUCAAGAUCAGAAUGGUGCCAAUGGACCCUGUGAAAAUAACAGAAGAGGACUUCCACGUAUGCGUACACCGCUCCUGAAGGAAAUUCUUUCAGAACGCAUUCGAUCUAGUUGUCAACUACUUUCUGGCACUCUAUAUCAACAUGUUGCUCACAGCGAAGUUCUCUUCUCGGUUUUGAAAGAACUCUCUCCAUCGGAUGAUUCGCCUGCGUCGUUGAACUCGCGUGGCACGCUUGGUAUACUAGCAGCCCAGCUGCGUCUCUGCUUGAGGAUAAAAGCAAGACUGUGGGAAUGCCUCACGGAAUCACUUUUGUCAACCUGUUCCCACACGGUGCUCGACGCUCUGACCUCAGCCCUGAAUCCCCAAGUUGCCAACAGUAUAUGUCGUCUGGCUGGCAACGACAAAUACCUUGCUCUGAAUACGCUGUUUCGCCUUCUAUGUGCGAUGCAUUUCGAGCCAGCCUGCGUUAUCCCGUCUGCAGCCAACACGUCCGACACCUGUUGCCACAGUUAUCUAUUACCUUCAAGCUUGCAGUUCAAAAGCGCUCUUUCGUUAGACUCCACUAUACAUACCUGGCCUGCGGACCGGUUGUGGAUGACAGCUCUGUUUUACAAGGAGUUUCUGUUGAAUUUGCUUUUUGGUUGUCAACAGGAUAGGAGCUCUCAUCUCCUGCGAAUUCAGACAGCGUUAAAUGUGUUAUCCAACUAUAAAAACAAACGGGUGACGGGUGGGACAGUAUGGAUACCAAGACAGCGUUUCAAUUACUCACAAGACACGGAAUCUUUUGUUCUCCUGCGCGUCUAUCAUGCAGCUGUGCUGGAGUUACUCCGGAUUCAUCCACAUCCAUCCGAAAUGAAAGACCGUCUUUCUAAAUCCGCUCGAAUCCUCAGUCUGGCGCCUCUUAAUUCGGCAAACCGGAUCACAGUACGGGGGUUACUACGUUACCUGGAGGAAUACAGGAACAAGAUGUGCAAAUUGCCAUGUGUGGUUAUUCAACUGGCUCACCUAUGGUGUCAUACGAGUCAAGAUUUGGGAAUUGAUGAUGACUUGGACCACUCUCUUUCAAACACCGACAGGGAACACCACUUUAUGGGAAGCAUUCUAAAACCGCUUGAGCAACUUUCUACCUUUCGACCGCCUCUGUGUGACCGACGGUUGGCGCUUGUGGAACCGUCAGUCUAUUUUGCUGUGCUACCUGAAGCAGAAAAAUUCAAUUCUUUCGGCGCUCUAACUGAGCGAAUUAUACAACGUCUACAGCGCCAAUUGUCUGGCUCAAUUCCGUCCCGGCUGCUCUCAACCAGUAGGCGUCGUCGACAAGAGUUGGAACGUCGCGUGCUUGAGGUAACCGACGACCUUGCACGUGCUCGAGCCGAGGCCAGAGCUGCUGAAACCAGUCUAUCAGCCGCCAGAAGGACGGAGGCAGCCCUUAGACGGCGGUUACUCGUCGCUAUGGAUAUACAAGGAUCAGAUGCCGAUGGGUCUUCUAACCGUCAUUCGCUGGGACCGAACGCUGGUCUUGACACCAGAGAAAACCUGGAACUACAAACAGCUUUAAUCAAAUCUGAAGCCACAAAUGCCUCGCUGACUGAAGCGGCCCAAUUGGACAGAACUCGUCUACACGAUCAAACAAUGCGAAUCGGGCAGUUAGAAGCGGAGCACCGGGCACUGAUGGACCGUUUGUCUAUUUUACAAGCAAACGAAGCCAGUGCUCAAAGAGGCAUCGUACGAUUACAGGCCCUUUACGAGGAUAUGCUGCGGGAAUAUUCUGAAGCUCGCUUCCAAGACUUGAGCUGGCGCACUCGUGAUCGAUCUCGGUCAAACUUUCGAAAUGGUACAUCCAAUGGAGUAGAAAAGAAGACCAAUGGGACAGGAUCUCAUUCAACUUUCACCAAACUUCAACAGCAAAUUGCUACUCUGGAAGAAGAGAACCUAUCUUUAAAGCUCGCUAUAAGAGAAGCUGAAGAAGCCCGGGGAACAGUCACAUCGCAACCCGUUGGAAGGUGUUCAGCACCCGCUUGCAUCGAAGUUCGUGGUCUACUAAAAGCUUUCCAGGAUCGUUUUACUGAUGUUAUGGGACAGCUGACUCGUACACAACAGUGUUUGGAAGCAGCACAAGCUAAUUCAGGACAGGAUCUAGACACCUCAAUGGCAUCUACACCAAACACUGGUCUGACGUUAGUCACUACGGUGCAGAAGCGCUUCAAUGCACUUCAAGACCUACUAGACAAUGACGCAGCCACACUGUCCGAAAAUGAAAUGGAUAAUGUAAGGGUCAAGAUGUCCGACUGCCUCGACGCGCUCGCACAUUUACACCGGUGGCUUCAACUCUACAUUCGUAGCACGGACGCAGAGAUAGCAGAUUUGCGAUCAACGAUACUGGAGAUGCGAAUCGCAUCUAUGAGUAGCGACCAAACACUGAUCACCACAUGUGCAAACGGAACGGGAGAGCAUCCCUUUUCUUGCUCCAUCAGUCUGAACAAGAAGUUAGACAUGGACUUACUUCAUCAACGUGAACAGGAACUGCAGCAACUACGUGCCCGAGUUCGUGAUCUCGAGGCUGAGGUUGAACUUGCAUCGCCGCACUAUCGAUAAGCAGGUUUGACAAAUACCGAAGCACAACGGUUCCAGUAUACAGCUUUUCUACUCAGCCAAAUCCGGAAAAACUUUACUAACCAGUUGAGCACCAAUCGAGUCCCUUCCAGUUGAUCACCUAGAUCAACGUUUGGUCAGUCAAGCAAGCCUCCAUUCUUUUCGCAUUAACCAGGGACAUGUCAUCUUGGUUCGUUUUUUCCGCACCGUUCCUCUCGCAUUGCUUGUCUACUUUUGAGUAAUCCUGUCUCUCUGUGCAUCUUUGUCUAAUAUACCAGCACUGAUUUCUAAUUCGUAUCCUUCUGUCAUUUCUGUUUUACACUUAUUUUAUUUUCAUGCCCAUGUUCCUUAAUAUCUUGUCCCAUGUUGUAGAUUUUUUCAGUCCAAUCACUCCCCCCACCAAAUGGCAUUUAUUCGUCCCUUUUGUACCAAUGAUGAUAGCCUACACGUCGUCUUUAUUCACUUUCUGCUCUUCCCUCGUCCAUCCAAUCCCUAUAAACGACGUUCAUUUGUAUCUGCAUCUUCUGUCCUACUUUCCAUCGGACGCAGUUUCUAUGGACUCAAGCAGUAAACCGCCACGGAAGUGUCUCUUGUGGGACACUAGUCCCUCUAGCCCCUCCCGUAUGUACCGUUGAUCUUAUGCUAGCCGAUCUUAAGUGUUCAUUGAUAAACUCACGCGACUUUGUAUGCUCAUUUAAAAACAUUAAUCAUGCCAUUAUCACUUCCCU